GUCAGCACAUAACCCCCCCGCCCCCCCUGACGACAUCACCACUCUGCCUUGACUCAGUUUGCUGCCCCCGCGACCCAGAACUGCUGUUGACCCCGCCCCCUUUUGUCUACGUCACAGCGGCCACGCGGGGGCUGUUGUGACGAAGAAUGAGGAACUUCCCCGGCUAACCUCCCUCCUCCUCCCUCCUCCUCCUCCUCCUCUGUGGUGUGUGUGUGUGUGUGUGUGUGUGUGUGUGUGUGGACCGGUCGAAGGAAGCAGCAGCGCUCACCACACGAUGCCUCCUCCCAGCAGGCCUCUCGGGUCUGUGCCUCGGACUCGGAGCCGGUCGUAGCGACUCUCCCGCGGCGCCAUGGAUCACUGCGGCCGGGACUGGAUGUCAGCGUUGCCCGAGCGGCUGUGGGACGUCCCACUGACGGACCUGGCCAUACCGGGGAGCCACGAUGCCAUGAGCUACUGCCUGGACGUGAACUCCCCGCUGGUCCGGACCGAGUCGGACUCCUUCAGGUUCCUGGACGGACUGUUCUACUGCAUCACCAGGCCUGCCAUCUUCAAAUGGGCCACCACGCAGGACAAAAGCAUCGAGGAGCAGCUCUCCAUGGGGAUUCGCUUCUUCGACCUGCGCGUCGCACACAAACCCCACGACUCCUCCAGUGACCUGUAUUUCACACACGUCAUAUACACUCAUUUAACAGUUCUGGAAACGCUGUCGUCUGUCGCCGCCUGGCUCGAGUCUCAUCCGAGAGAGGUCGUCAUCCUCGCCUGCAGCCAUUUCGAGGGAAUGGACGACAGAUGCCACGAGUCAUUUAUUUUCCACCUGAAGGAGCUGUUUGGAUCAAAGCUCUGCCCCCGGACGGAGUCAGCCCUGACCCUGCGGCGUCUGUGGGCAUCUGGCUACCAGGUCAUCCUGACCUAUGACUCCCAGAGUGCAGCGAGACACCAGCAGCUGUGGCCUGACAUCCCCUACCACUGGGCCAACCAGCCCACGGCACAAGGAGUCAUCAGUUACCUGGACAGGUGCAAAGAUCAGGGGCGUCCAGAGGGCUUCUUCAUCUCCGGCCUGAACCUGACAGCUGAGCGGUACUACAUCGCCACCAACCCGUGGCAGUCGCUGCGAACGCUGACCAUGAGCAACUGGGAGUGUCUGACGAAGUGGCUGGAGCGGCAGGUCCCUGGCUCGGAGCCCAGGGGCCUCAACAUCAUCGCGGGAGACUUCGUGGGGACACUUCCGCUCUGCUCCCUGGUCAUCUCACUGAACCGUAAACUUGUGCAAGAGAACGGCAGUCUGAUAAACAGAUGGAGCUGAUGCCCCGAGAAAAUUAGCCACUAUACAAGCAUACCUCAUUUUCUCUUCUCUGUAUCUCUCUCAAUUCAGGCACUUUUUGUCCACAUUUUUAACUGGAAGAAAUGUUUUGAAUAAAAUCUGCAGUUCCUUAAUUUUAA